AGACGCUGGGAUCCACGACGACAGAAGGCGCCCAUGGCCGCGCCUGCUGAGCCCUGCGCGGGGCAGGGGGUCUGGAACCAGACAGAGCCUGAACCUGCUGCCACCAGCCUGCUGAGCCUGUGCUUCCUGAGAACAGCAGGGGUCUGGGUGCCCCCCAUGUACCUCUGGGUCCUUGGUCCCAUCUACCUCCUCUUCAUCCACCACCAUGGCCGGGGCUACCUCCGGAUGUCCCCACUCUUCAAAGCCAAGAUGGUAGCUGCCAUCCCUGGGAGCCUGGAACCAGGCAAUGGUGGGGGAGGCAGGGGACAGGCUGGAACCUGGUGAAGUCUUAAAUUAGACUCCUAUCAGGGUGUAAAAGGGAAUCCGUUAAUCAAACAGAGCAAUAUUAGAGAGGCUACAGAGGUCAAUUCAAUGGAACACGGUUCUCCCAAACAGAUUUUGUAAUUCCGAAAAUCCAUGCAUGCACAAACACACACAUACACUCCCAUGUUCCUGGACAGGUUAUAGCUACCAUAACCUGGCAUUUUCCAAAACAUACCAUGUAGACUCUUGGAUACACAAGGUAAUUUCAGGGCCAUAUUAGGAUGAACCUUUUAAAAAGUUAUGCAUUUAUUUUUAUGUUCCCCCACUGGCUGUAUUAUAGGACAAUUUUUAUAUGUGAUAUAUAUUUACUUUAGCGUGUUAAAUAAACACUGGCAUUCCAAG